CGCCAUUUUGGACGUUGGUCUGCUACUUCCUCUUCUGUGUCGCUGCCACAGCUGUUCCCCAUCCGCUGUUGGUCCGGAAAGAAAAAUCAUGCUAGGCUCUGGGUUCAAGGCUGAACGUUUAAGAGUCAACUUGCGUCUUGUCAUUAAUCGCCUCAAACUGCUGGAAAAAAAGAAAACGGAACUGGCCCAGAAAGCAAGGAAGGAGAUUGCAGACUAUCUAGCAGCUGGGAAGGAUGAACGGGCCAGGAUUCGCGUGGAGCAUAUCAUUCGAGAAGAUUAUCUUGUGGAGGCCAUGGAGAUACUAGAACUCUACUGUGAUCUGCUCUUAGCCCGAUUUGGCCUGAUCCAGUCCAUGAAGGAACUAGAUUCCGGUCUGGCUGAAUCUGUGUCCACAUUGAUCUGGGCUGCUCCUCGACUCCAGUCUGAAGUGGCUGAGUUGAAAAUAGUUGCAGAUCAGCUUUGUGCCAAGUAUAGCAAGGAAUAUGGCAAGCUAUGUAGGACCAACCAGAUUGGAACUGUGAAUGACAGGCUAAUGCACAAAUUGAGUGUGGAAGCCCCACCCAAAAUUUUGGUAGAGAGAUACCUGAUUGAAAUAGCUAAAAAUUACAAUGUUCCUUAUGAACCUGACUCUGUGGUCAUGGCAGAAGCUCCUCCUGGAGUUGAUACAGACCUUAUUGAUGUUGGAUUCACAGAAGAUGUGAAAAAAGGCGGGCAUGGAAGAGGAGGUGGAGGUGGUGGAUUCACCGCACCAGUUGGUCCAGAUGGAACAGUGCCCAUGCCCAUGCCUAUGCCUAUGCCCAUGCCAUCACCAAGUUCUCCUUUCUCAUAUCCACCUCCAAAAGGACCAUCGGAUUUCAAUGGAUUGCCAAUUGGGACUUAUCAGCCCUUUCCCAAUAUCCAUCCACCUCAGAUACCAGCAACUCCCCCAACAUAUGAAUCUGUUGAUGAUAUUAAUGCUGAUAAGAAUAUUCCUUCUGCGCAGGUUGUUGGUCCUGGCCCCAAGCCAGAAGCUCCUGCAAGACCCACCUUGAAAACUACAGACACCUUUGACAACUUUGUGUUGCCUGAGUUGCCAUCUGUCCCAGACACACUACCAACCACAUCUGCUGGUGCCAACACCUCUGCAUCUGAGGAUAUUGACUUCGAUGAUCUCUCUCGGAGAUUUGAAGAGCUGAAGAAGAAAACAUAGACCUUUUGGGGGCUGCACUACUCCAGUAUGUGGGAUUUGGGACUGAGCAGUUCUCUUCUUGUAAUGAAGAUUCCCAUAGAAAUCUGUUUCCUAUAUUAACGAAUGCUCUCUUCCUCUUGAACUCUUUUCCUGCUGUACCAAAUUCUGCUGCUUUUCAGCUCUUCAUGACUUCAGGAGGCUAAUAACUAUUGGGGAUCUUAUAAGAACAAUAGAGGAACAACUCCUGCAGGUGUGGAUUGUUCCUUAAAAUACACUUUGUCAGUCCCCUAUUAGUGUGGUUACAGAUUUUGUCCUUGACUAUUAUUCUGAAGCACCUCCACAGGGAAAAAGGAAAGGGAAAACACUGUGGGAGUCAGGUUGUGCUGGACCAUGGGGAAGAGGGUAUUAUGAGGCUUUUCAUCCCUCGGCCAAGGACCCAGACUCUUUGUAAAAGGACAUUUCAGUGGGUGAGAAAUAGGGGGAAGGUGAGUAUUUCUCACUUCCUCAGGUAGAAGUGGAGGAGAAGACAUUGGGAACUAUAGUAAUUGUUGCUGGAAGCUGGGCAAUUUCAUUGCAUAUAUACUAUUCCUGGCUACGGGAUGCUCUCUUGCACCUGGAUCUAGUUGCAAAGAUUUUCUGGAAAAGUUGAUGGCUUCUCUUAGUUCUGCUGGAUUCUCAGGGAGCCCUCCGUGGCCUUUUACACACUUUUGUUUGAGUGCUGGGUUUCUCUUUCACAAGGGCCAGUGCUACAGUUUCCUGCUUUUUUCCAUAUCAUAUUCUGUUGGAAGUUGUUUGUCUUUUCUUCUUGAGUGUACUACUGGCACCUGAAUGACUGUUCAUAGGCGAGACAGAAAAUGCCUUUUCAAGGGUUCUAGCUGCCUUAAUACAUGCAUUCAAGUCUCUCUUAGUGAGGGAGCUGGAAGGUCCACUGCGAAUAAGAGGGAAAUCUAUUUUUAUUUGAAUACUUUAAGAUGACAUGGAACUUUCAGUAAUUUAAUCAGAAAACUUUGGUGCCCAAGAGUGUAGUUGUUCUCUGCUUUCCCUGAAUAGGCAGGUGGAGACUGACAUCCCAAUUUUUAACUUCUUUUUCUUCCUGUUAGCCAAUGUCACUCUCCCUAGGGGAAGGCCUCCUGUAUCAACUAUGUGACUGGUCUUCUUUUCUGUGUAAUAUAUUUGUAAAGAAGUUUCAAACAGCUUUUCUUUAAUUUUUGGAUUGAUUUGUGUCAUAGAGAUUAGUAGUUCCUAAUAAAGGUAAUGAUUCCA